UAUCUUUUAUUGGGGAAUAGUUUGACUAUGCGAACAGAAUGCUUGUUCCAGCCAAACCCUGCACGUCUCGCGAGAGUUUGAAAGUCACGUUUGCGGAAGUUUACAUCUUGUUUUAAAAAACGUGUCGCUCAUGUCAGUCCUGAGCGAAGGCGGUCUGUAGCGUCUCCGUGUCGGCGCAUGUUUCGACGAUGCACUCUGUUUUAAUUAAGGCACUUGUGUCCAGCUCUCCUGACUAUGACCGUUUGUUCGAGGCUCUGUCGUGGCCGAGCGAGUCGUGGCCCGAAACGGAGCGGCUCGAGGCGCUCGCUGCUUUCAUUGAAGGACUCGGAGCAGUUUGGGGCGAUGCGCCUUCAUUUCCAGCGUCGAAGAGACGUCACAUUCAAGAUAGAAUCGAGUCUAUUUUGUUGACCCGCUGCCUGCCACUCUUACACCGAAUGUCCGCAGAGUCCGGCGGCGAGGCGCGGUGCAGGGAGAGCUCCGCCGCCGUCUGCAGGCUCGUGGGCGCCUGCGUCCCGCUGUGCGACGCGGCAGUGGCCGGACGCGUGGCCCGCUCCGUCCUGCCGUCGCUGCAGCCGCCGGAGGACGAAUCGCCAAGUCCCGGACGACUCGGUGCGGAGGUGGCGAGCGAGGUCGUGGCGGCGCUCGUGCCCUCGCUCUCAGCGGACGCGCAGCUCACGCGCACGCUCCUGGCGUCUGCCCUGUCGUGCGUCAAAACGCUCCCCGACGCCCUGGUCUCCAAAGUCACAGUGCGGCUCCUCCUGCCUCUCCUGAACGCCAGCGACGCCGCGCGCGUGUCCGGCGUCGCCGCGUCGGUCGUGGGUGACCUGUGCGCCUGGCACUGCGCCGACAGGAGCCCCGUGGCGACGGAGCGCGCGCUGCUGUGUCUCACCGCCCUGUCGGACCACCUGCUGGGGCCCGACGCGCGUGCGGAGCGCGACCCUCGCCUGUCGCCCCGGUUCUGGAGGAUCGUUCAGGACGGACUGAUGCACAGAGACAACGUGUCGCGGAAGCGAGCGCUGUACCUCCUCAAACGCUGCGUGGCCCUGUCAGAGGAGGAGGGACUGGACUCCCCUCCUCCCCCUCCAUCAGGGGAAGAUGAAGCCCUGUUCACGUGGUCCCCCAGUAAGAGCAGGUUGCUCAGAGAGUUCUGGGAAGAUUACGCACUGGUGAUGGAAACCCUGGAAGAAAACCAGGUCCAUGUUGUUCGACCCGUCCUAAACAGGAUAGACACAUUGAUUCAAACAGCGGUGGAAGACCGUCAAACUGCAGGUCAAGGCCUGCUCCAUCCCUCGUGGCUGCUGUGUGUCUACCAGCGCAUGUUCCACAGCGAAAACAAAUCCCUGAUGAGAGAGGGUGUGUGUCACCUGCUCGAGCUGCGGGUCCUCCACCAGCCGGCCUUCGCGUUGGCUUUUUCACAGUUUAUCGUCGGCCCCUUCAUGGAUGUGUUGUCUGAAACGUCUCUCUUCCACAGAUCUGUUGGCCAGAGUGUGGCCGAUUGUCCCGAGCUGGCAGCUAAGCUGCAGGUCUUCAUGGGGGUCUUCUUCAGUAGUCUGCCAUCAGAGCAGAGAGGUUGCGUGUUGCUGCAGCUGAUUCAGCAGCUGGGCUCGAAGCACUGGUGCGCGGUUCCUCUCCUCUUCAUCGCCCAGGCUCUGUCCAAACUUCCUCCAGCGCCGCUGCUGGGAACUGAGGGCCUCGCAGCCCUGCGGGAGGUGCUGCGCUGCACCAUGAUCACUCAUCAAAUCCUGCUGAGGGGAGCUGCUCAGCGCUUCCUGCUGAACAGCGCCCUCUGUCUUACAGAUGUGAGUGCGGUGACCUUGGAGGAUGUGUUUGGUUUCCUAAUGCAUUUCAAUGCAGAUGAGUCCCUCUGUAGAAGGUCGCGGCUUUGGGAUCAGUUGUGUGCCUGGUUAUCAGACAAUGAGGGCAGGUUCAAGCACAGGGUUGUUGGUGGCGUUUCCACUGAUGCUGCUGCAAAGACGGAAACUGUACGAGCUUAUGUUCAACAUGAGAUAUGCACCUAUUUGCAAGUUCCAGCCAGCAAAGGUCAGGCUGAGCGGUUGCCUGACAGCAGGGAGGCUGAUAAGUUGGCCAGGGCCAUUCUGCUGUGUGUGCACAUGGAGAGUAGCCGAGUUGGCUCAGAAAUCGGUAACACUGUGGAGUCAUUACUGUCCCCGCUGCUGGACACCCUGCGCAGAGUCAGCACCAACGUCUACCUACCUCUGCGUAAGAGCGACAAGAGCCUGCAGCUCGUGCUCCGGCUGUUGCAGUGUAUCGGGGAGGAGAGAGAUGACCUGACGGCCGCCGUGGAGAAGGUCGUCCUCGGUGUAGCUGAUUCUGUGCAGGAGUUCAUCUUCAGGCAGCUCUGCGGGGAGCUGCGGGAGCUGUUCGAUGUGGAGCGGGCAGAGAUGUAUUUGAGCGUUGUGAGGCGGCUGGUUGUCCUAUACCACUCUGCACCACAGCACAGACAUGAACUUCAACACAGCGAUAUUCCUAAACUUGUCAAGUACAGCCUCAAAGUCCUUCAGGAACCAGGCCCACAGGAUCCUCCUGUAGCGAACCAGGUGGUGAGAGCUGUCGCCAUGGCGUCUCUGGCCACAGUCUGUGGACUCAUGGAGCAUGACGUGACUGACGUGCCGUCGGGGACCUUUUCGCUUCUCAAAGCGCUGAACGCGUAUUUUUACAGCUCGCUGCCCUCUUCCUCCCAAACUCAGUCGUUUGCGGGGAACUUUAAUGAGCGCCUGAUGAAACCGCAGACAGUCGGCUGCUGUGGCGAUGUAGAAGUGCAGAAUGCUCUGCUGCAGGACUGGGGACGCAUCGCUGCCAGCUUCAUGCGGGACCAGUGGGUUUGUCUCAGCUUCCUGCUCAGGGCAGUUGGCGUUCCCGAGGCUCCCGAGACGCCCAGAGCCGCUCUGAGCUGCAGCGUGGAGGCACUGGCGCUGCUCCCCAGUGACCUGGUGCUGCCUGUGUUCACCUUCAUGGAGACAGCGUUACCACAGCUACCACUGGAUGAGGAAGAACUCUGCGUGGAGGCCGUGACGCGGAGCUGGGAGUUGGUGCAGGGACUGAGCACCAACGCUCGUGACUUCUGGCCGGCACUGAAAGGCUUCGUCUCCAUGGCCUUCCAUCAUAAACUGCUGGAGAUGACGCACACGGAAGCUGUGAAGCUUAAGGCCACCUUAAAACAGAUUGCCCUAGAGCUGAUGGAGCUGUCUCAGUCGAAGAGCGGCGUGUUCGGUGUUCUGGUCCAGCACUGCUGUCACACGUGGCUGCCCACAGAUCCACCGCCGGAUCCGGACGCUGUGUUUCUCAGUGUUUUCAGCUACGUCAGCGUCGUCACCGAAGCUUGUGUCUACGGGCCGGUUUUGAGAAGAGAUCAACGACUCAUACUGGAUGUCCAAGCGCAUGUGGAACAACUUGGGGAACAGUCUGCUGAUAACGUUGGAUUUGCAAGCAACAGCAGGGACGACCAGUUGCCCCGUACUUGUGUCCUGGGUUUCCUCAGUCGUCUGGAUUCUUCUAAUCCGCAGCAUCAGCAACUGAUGGAAGAACUAGUUUUGGCUUUGUUGAAGAAGGAUAAUGAUAUAUCAAAGUCAAAAGUGCGUUACUAUAGCAACUCCCUGCAACAUCGUGUCAAAAACAGAGUGUGGCAAACACUGCUGCUAUUGCUGCCCAAACUUAGAGAGGAUUUUGUCGCCACUGUGCUGAACCGUGUGUUUGAAGCUGGCUUCUGCAGUAACCAGGCAUCGGUCAAGUACCUGAUCGAGUGGAUGAUGAUCCUGGCUCUUGUUUACUACCCACAACACAUGGACAGCUUCUGGUCCUGCUUCAACACGGAUCAGGAAAAGACCAAGACAAGCAUCUGCACCUUCUUGUCAGUCCUCGUGCAUUUCAGUGUCAUCAUGCCUAAUCUUAAAGAUAAGGCAGCACAGCUGCACAAAGCGCUGGACAUCACCCUGCAGUGGUGCUUCAAUCAUAACUUCAGCGUGCGCCUGUAUGCUUUACUGGCCCUGAAGAAAGUGUGGAGCCUGGCAGAAGCUCAGGCCGAGGAGGAGGCUGUAGAUUUGAAAGGGAUGUCCUCUGUGGUCAAGGCCUGUCUGAACCAGGCCGAAGCCAUGCAAAGCAGCGGAAAUGCCAACAAAAACUGGAUAAGGAUUCAGGAGCACUUCUUCUUCGGUGACUUUCAUCCUGUCAGGGAUUACAGCGUCGAGACCAUUUUCUACACAUUCCCCAGUCUGUCAGAGUUGACUGAUGACGAGUGGAUUCCACCCUGGAAGUUUGAGAAGUUGAGUUCUUUCUCCGUAAGCCCAUGUGUCCCUUUAAGGAACCCUUGUCCUGACCUGAGCCGGCUUCAGCCUGGGGACUGGAUCCAACAAGACAAAACGGAUCAGGACAAGGAGGAGCGCUGGGCUGAGGUGCAGAAGAAGAUCACUCCCUGGAGGCUGGGCAUCCAGGAGCAGGAGCCGGAGCUCCAGCUGGUUCCGCCGCAGAGGGCCGCUCGCCUGGGCAAACUGCAGGGCGCCCUGCUGGUGGUAGCCUCGCUCAUUGACAAACCCACCAACUUAGGAGGUCUGUGCAGGACGUGUGAGAUAUUCGGGGCCAGUGCUCUGGUUCUGGACAGCCUCCGCCACGUCGAGGACAAGCACUUCCAGUCCCUGAGCGUCUCAUCUGAGCUGUGGCUCCCUCUGCUAGAGGUGAAGCCGGUGGAGCUCGCUGCCUUCCUGCAGCUUAAGAAGACCGAGGGCUACUGCAUCGUUGGAGUGGAGCAGACGGCGAACAGCCAGAGCCUCGAGCACUACCAGUUCCCAGAGAGGACGCUGCUGCUUCUGGGCAACGAGCGGGAGGGCAUUCCUGCCAACCUGCUGCAGACGCUGGACGUGUGUGUGGAGAUCCCUCAGCAGGGGGUCAUCCGCUCGCUCAACGUGCACGUGAGCGCCGCCCUGCUGAUUUGGGAGUACACGCGGCAACGCCUCGCCUCAAAGCGCGCGUGAAGGGAAGCGGCCCGGGCAGCGACAGCGGUGGCUCUGCUCCGGCCGCGCCUGUGAAAACGGCCCGGAGGACUUUGAACGGAAAUGUCAACUGAAGCCUUUGUUCGCGCUCGUGUGACCGUCAGCGUUUUCACACGCUGGCUUAGACGGACGUGAAGUGUUCAGCUGUUAUUAGUGCUGCUCUGGACCCAGUUUAGGAUAUUACAUCUAAAUGUUCCACCGGGCAGCUUGUUUUAUUAAUGGAGGAGCCUUCGUUACGACAGCAGCAGCUUAUGGAAAUGUCUCCUUUGUGGAGGAGGAGUCUUGUUUAUGUGAACAAUCAGUUUUGCCUCAGACUGAACAGGGUGGACGCACCCGGAAAAUACAGCAUAAAAGGCUGAAAGAUCUGUGUCCACAAUGUUUUUAUCACAAUCUGAUUUUAAAUUGUAAACCUUUUUUAAUAAAAUCCUUUUUAUUUGCA